GAAUUUGCUGAGAAGGACGAAAACCCGACACGGACUCUUCAAGACGGAUGCAGGAAAAGUGUCGGCACCUUGUUGAGGAUGUUGACACCUUGCAACUAGUGCUGCAUAUCUUUCAGCUCAUGCUCGACCUCUGCACCUCGUGUUCAAGUUCUACACUUCAUGCUCGGCCUCUGCAGCUCGUGGCUGACCUCAGUAGUGAGUGUUUGAGCUCUACAGCUUGUGCUCAAGUUCUGCACUUCGUGCUCGACCUCGGCAGCAAGUGUUUGAGCUCUGUAGCUCGUGGUUGACCUCGGCAGCUCGUGUUUGAGUUCUGCACUUCGUGCUCGACCCCUAUGCUUUGUGCUUGACCUUUGCAGCUCAUGGUUGACCUCGGCAGCUUGUGUUUGUGCUCUGCAACUUCAUGCUUGACCUCUGCAGCUCGUGGUUGAGCUCGGAAGCUCGUGUUGGAGCUCUGCACUUCUUGUUUGACCUCUGUAGCUUGUAGUUGAGCUCGGAAGCAAGUGUUUGAGCUCUACAACUCGUGCUCAAGUUCUGC